AUCGUUGUCAUGGCUCUCGCUCCAGGUUCUCUUCGCGGUGUCACUCAGAAAAUCCUCCGCCACAGCCUACUUCGAGUCCCAGCACGAGAUGUCCAUGGCGCUACAAGAUCACUGAGUACGAGCUGCAUUCGGAAUAAUGUCUCUUCAACCUCGCCGCAGAGUGCCCGCGUUACUCAGGAUCAGCCCUUCGACCCAGCAGGAGGCUCACCCAGAGCAUGGACAACAUCUGCCAAACCCGACCACUUCUUGAAUCCCGCUACCUUUAGCGUCAGUAAUGGUCUGUCAGGCGCCUCGGCUGCUGCUGGGCUUGUAAAGCACCCGCUCCCCAACUUGGAUGACUCCAGCUCGACUGCCUCGAGAUCACUACUCUGGGAACAUGGGAAGCUCGUAAUUUAUGACACUGUCGAGAACAAAACGACAAGCAUACCUGGCCGGUGGCUCAGGGACAAUUGUGCGUGCUCACAGUGCCGCAAUACGGAUACGGCACAACGUCAGAUUAAUGUUUUCAAGGGUAAUUUGGACACUUCCAUCUCGGACGUGCAGCUGAGUGGAGACAACGAUGGCCGAGUAGCGGUUACGUUCGGUGAUGGACAUCAGAGCAUAUAUCCCGCUCGGGCUUUGCUAGAACGAAGGAGUAAAAACGUCACAAAAAGCAGGAAUGGCAUUGUACCGAUACAGAUUUGGACCUCCAAGAUCGGCUCUGAUCGACCUGCUAUCCCAUAUACCGAAGUAGUGAAAGGGCCUGGCAUGGCGGCACUCUUGCACAAGAUCCGUAUCUUUGGGUUCUGCAUGGUCGAAGACAUGCCCGCAACUCCAGAAGCGACGGAAGGCUUUCUCGAGUCCAUCGGCCCUAUUCGAAACACGCAUUAUGGCGGCUUCUAUGACUUCACUUCAGACCUCACCAUGAAAGAUACAGCUUACACCUCAGAAUUCCUUGAACCUCACACAGAUAACACAUACUUCACCGAACCAGCCGGAAUCCAAGCUUUGCACAUGCUGUCGCACACAGAUGGAUCUGGCGGCGAAUCCUCCUUGACAGAUGGCUUCAAUGCUGCCACACAAUUAUACGCUCAAGACCGGGAAGCAUAUCUCACCUUGUCCGAGAUUGGCGUUUACGCCCACGCGUCCGGGAACGAAGGCAUCAGUAUCCAGCCAUCUCAGGCUUUUCCCGUUCUCAACCACGACCCCGAGGCAGGACAUCUCACGCAAGUGCGGUGGAAUAAUGCCGAUCGAGCUGGCAUAGCAGCAGACUUUGCGGGGGUGGAGGAGUGGUAUGCUGCUGCGGAGAAGUUUGAUCGGUUGUUGAGUGAUGCGAGAAACCAGUAUUGGUUUCAGCUGCAGCCAGGUCAGACCUUGCUGUUCGAUAAUUGGAGAGUGUUGCAUGGGAGAAACGAGUUUACGGGAAAGAGAAGGAUGUGUGGUGGGUAUAUCAAUCGGGACGAUUUCAUGUCCAAGUAUCGCAUGACAAACAUGACGAAAGAGGAUGUUGAGAUGUCGACCGUGUCUGGGUAAUCUACCGUAUACGGGGUAUAGCUAUGUAUAGGCUAUAGGUAUGAGAGAUAUAUAUGUAUUCCAAAACCCGAGAAGCGGGAUUAGGCGAGGUGAAGCAUAACUCCGCAUUCCGGUGUAAUGCCUGCCUGCAUGUGCUUGUCAGCUUUCACGACUCCAGCUGACGUGUCUGCCUGAUUGCGCUGUUACAUUUAUCGAGUACAGCUUCCUCCUCUCUUUCCUUCUUCUUCUUCUUCUUCUUAUUCUCAUCAUCCUCCUCCAGACUGCCGAGCAUACCAUUGCAUUUACAGUGAGUGAAGCUGCGACAAUCAUGGCGCGACGCGACAGUGCCAUCGACGUCGUCAAGGACACCAACGACGACCAUAAGCCGCCAAGACCACGACAAUCGCCGGCAUCGCUGCUAUCACGGCUUCCCGACGAACUGCUGCUGAUCAUCUGGGAAUACUCCGU